AUGUCUGAGGUCCUGAGAGGAAGAGCCACCAUCACUCUCCGUGUGAGCAGCUUGUCGUUCAUGAGAUCCCUCCCCGGCUCUGCCAGCUCUCUCACUAUCGAUCCACCGAUGUUGGAGGAAAGCUCCGGUCAUACAUCAGUGCCCCGGCUCAGAGCAGCUGAUGAAAAACUGUGGCACACGGGCUCAUUCCUUCCUCUCAUCCCUGAAGACGAGUCGCCCCAGCGGCCAAGGACAUCAGCCUGUCCACCCAGCGCCCCUCCAGCCUCCAUCCACUUGAAGAAUAGCUCCAAGUGUCCCCAAAUCAGCCUGCACCGAUGAUCAUCUGUCUUCAUUGGACUUGCGGUAGGGAUCCUCAGCAUGCCAAGAUGAGACAAAGACUCCAGACAUCCAUCUUGAUCUGUCAGGGACUCUGACUUUUAGAAUCGGACUGUAACAGCUGAUGACCAAGGACAGAGACUCCUCCGUGGCCUUCAGGCUCCUCGGACCGAGUGUGAGGGAUGAAGCCACCAGACUCAGAGCAAUCUCUCAAACCAACCUUGAUGUCCCGUCCAGUCGGAUGUCCGGUCUCUGGACUCAGACUUGA